ACAAGCCACGCCCCUGAUGUUUUACUCACCCUUUAUGCUUGAAUAUGAGCUAUACUUUAGACAAAUAAGUUCCAGAAUCAAGGGCAAUAUAUGCAUUUUAAAUAUCUGCUAGAAAAUUAACCCAUAUUUAUUAUUUACAUUGUUAUCGACUUGCAUUAUAUAUCAAGCAUUAGAUGUCGUGAAUUCCAGUGUCCAAGGAGUACUCGGCUGCAUUGUACAAGUAAAUGUUGUCAAUUCAACACUGCUGGAUCUACUUGCUCUUGCAGAUUCAAUUAUUUUCGGAUACACUUGGUCUUGUGAUUACAACCAUGGGUGAUACAACUGCGUCUGUUAAAAAGGUCGCUCCAAAAAUGGACCAAGCAAAGUCUUUUUUGUCGGGCGGCUUUGCCGGUAUUGCCACUGUCCUUGCUGGUCAUCCAUUUGACACUCUUAAAGUAAGACUGCAGACUAGCAACCAGUACUCUGGUCUUGCCGACUGUUUUAAACAAACGAUUGCCAAAGAUGGAUUGCGUGGUCUCUACAAAGGAAUGGCUUCUCCAUUGGUUGGUGUGACUCCCAUGUUUGCCCUGAGUUUUUGGUCCUAUGAUGUUGGGCAGCAGCUCGUAUAUGCAUGCACCCCUAAGCGUUCCUCCCAAAAACUCACCAUGCUAGAAUAUGCUAUUGCCGGUGGAUUCUCUGCUAUCCCCACCACUGUUGUUACUACUCCAAUGGAGCGUGUCAAAGUCGUACUGCAAACACAAGAUCAGGUUGGAAACAUGGGUAAAAAAUACAAAGGCAUGGCCGAUGCCGGUAUUGGCAUGUUUCGUGAGGGUGGUAUUCGCAGUUUAUAUCGUGGUACCAUUGCUACUCUGGCUCGCGAUGUUCCUGGAUCUGCUGCAUAUUUUGUCUCCUACGAGUAUUUUCACCGUCUUCUUUGCAAGGAUUCCGAGUCCCUUUCCAUCGGCGCUGUCUUGUUUUCUGGUGGUAUGGCUGGUGUUGCCAUGUGGUCAAUUGCUAUUCCACCUGAUGUGAUCAAGUCGCGUAUUCAGGCUGCCCCCGCUGGCACAUACAAGGGCUUCUUGGACUGUGCUGCAAAAAUCAUUUCCCAAGAGGGUGCAAGUGCAUUAUUCAAGGGACUUGGACCAGCCCUACUCAGAGCAUUCCCUGCAAACGCUGCAGGAUUCCUUGGUCGUGCUGCAUCACUUGAAGUAAUGCACAGAAUGUGGUAG